UUGGGCAAAAAUUACCUCGAGCAUGCCAAGGAGCUUGGGGAUGCAGUCCCAGACAAGCCCGUAAUAUUCCUGAAGCCUCCUAGCUCUGCGAUCGUAGCUUCUGCACAGCCUGGUCCAGUUGCGGUCCAGUUGCCUCGAAACAGGUUUGGACUUUCACCCAUCCAUCAGCUUAGCAAGAUGGGAGGUGUACAUUAUGAAGCCGAGAUGCUUCUGCGUCUGAACGACGAUCUGGAGGUGGAUGCUGUCUCGUUGGGCCUCGACCUGACGCUUCGAGACCUCCAGAGCGAGCUGAAGAAGAAGGGGCAUCCCUGGGAGAUUGCCAAGGCUUUCCCAAACUCCGCUGUGAUCGGGCCCUGGGUUGAUGUGGCGAGUUUCCCAGACUACAUCACCACAGAGUUCUCCUUUGAGCUUGAUGGAGAGGAGAGGCAACGUGGUGCAGCCAGCCAGAUGAUGACUGGCGUGCCAGAGGCUCUAAAGUAUGUCAAGGAGUGCUUUACACUAGUCCCAGGAGAUGUCAUAUUCACCGGCACGCCCAAGGGCGUGGGCCCUCUCAAAAGCGGCCAAGUCGGCAAGCUCAUAUGGGGGGACAAGCUGUCAUAUGAGGUGUCCUUUACAGAUUAA